CCCGGCGAAGCGAGAGCGAUCUCGAAAGCAACAAGUACUUACGCGAACGUGGUACGUAAAAACAAAUCAGUUAUCAAUUCACCAUGAGAAUAGUGCCCUCGUUCGGAUUUCAUGGUUAGUUGACGUUGUUUCGUGUUUAUGUGGUUGUUUAUUUUCCUUUCCAGUUCUUAAAAAUGUCCAUCGAAAGCUUAUCCAGUAGUGCUCCAGCCCCGAGGUUGUGUCACAUCUUGAAGUGGGCCGAUUUUGAAGGUUUUGGUUUUAAUCUCCACACUUACAAAGGCAAACCUGGCCAUUUCAUCGGCAAGGUGGAUGAAAAUUCACCUGCCGAAGCCGCAGGUCUUAAAACAAAUGAUAGAAUUAUUGAAGUUAACGGUGUAAAUGUUUUCGAUGAAAGUCAUAAGCAAGUGGUUCAAAGGAUUGAAAUAGUACCUGACGAAACUAAACUUUUGGUCGUUGAUAGUGACACCGAUGCUUACUUCAAGGAUAAGAACCUUACCAUCUCCAGCUCACUACCUAAUGUUGUCUACUUGAAGACUCCAGACAAAUCGCAUUCUAAUUCGAAAGUCAAUGGCAAGACAAUGAGCAACUCUACGCAAAACCACAAUCAUGAAUCCAACGGCGACUCUGAAAUAUCGGGGAAUCAAAAUUCGAGCGAGACGACGACGAACAGCGUGGAAUCGACGACUCUCAACCUGAACAUGUCGGCGAAGGAGCUGCGCGCCAAGCUGGCAGCCCGAGAGAAGUAUGACCCGAAGAAGGACAGCCUAGAUAUCAAGAAAAAGCACGAGAUCAUCCAGAAGCUGUAACGCUCUAUGUUCCGAUAUCUGUAUCAUUUCAUUUGUUAGCCAUAUGAUUUAGCUCGUAGAAAGUUUCCCACGUCGUAUUGUUAAACCCUCCCAUCGCGAUGACUACUCUGACCAGCAGGCCGAUUAUUGAAACUGAUAGACAAA